AUGCCGCUCCUUUACCAACCUGCCCUCACAUUUCUCGACCAGCAAGGCCAUUCCGACGCGGUGUCAUGUGUAGCUUUCAGCCACAACGGCCAGUACUUAGCAUCGGCAGGGAUGGAUUGCAAAGUUUGUGUUUGGUCCUCAGCAAAUGGGGUGCUCAAGUACGUUUUCUUCGGGAACAGUCCUGUCCUUUCGCUGCUGUGGCUCGAGGACUCGAGCACCGACCUCAUGUGUGGGAUGGAAGACGGGACUCUUGCUUUUUUGCGAAUAUCCGAUGAACUUGUAGAGUUAGACGGGUUUGUGGCCCAUGAGUAUCCCGUCGAAUGCCUCGCCCUCUGGGGGAAACACCUCGUCUCUGGAGCUCAUAACGAGGUUAAGAUAUGGACUUACUGCAAAAAAAAGGACUGGCUGACCAAUGUUUACAUCUCGCGUUGGCGUCAGGACUUCGAAGUUGAAACACCUAAACCGGAUGCAGGCGAGAAGGUCGUCGUGACCUGUUUGCACUGGAUGAGCACUCUCCAGCACCCCUCCGUACUGCUGGUGGUGUAUCGGACCCAUGGCAUCAUAGCCUACGAUGGGAAAACAGGCAAAUGCCUGCAUUCUGCAUCUCUCCCCGGACGAAUCACCGACGCGCAUUUUAGUGCCGAUGGUCGCUUUCUUGCCGUGUCGAAUUCAUUGACAGGCUUCGAAGUAUUCCUCAUGCGCAAGCCCGGAAGCGUAGAGUCUCUCUUCACCGCCCAUCAAGACGUCAGUGCCGGGUGCUGUCUCCCAGUUCGCUUCCUUCACCAAGGGACCGCAAUUUUCGGAGGUACGUCGAACGGCAAGAUCAACAUCUGGAAUAUCUAUAACCGACUUAAGCAGUCUCUGUCGUUGGGAGAGGGUGAAUGUGUGUUUGCGAUUGAUAGCUUCUAUGAUGCCUCCACCGACGGUUUUUACAUUGCUACCGGGGUAUUCAACAAAGAUGCAGCCUGCCGCAUUAUCCUUUGGAAGGCGGUGGAUGUGGUUGAUGCGCUCGGAGAUGGAUCUCUCACACCGACGCUUCCCGUACCUAAACGGACUUUCCCAGAACCAAGUUGUUAUGGCGCGAUUAUCCUCCAGGGUCUUCAAUGGGCCUUGAUAUUCUGGAUCGGAGACGGAGCUCAAUGCCCCAUCUCGCCGUGGCAAACGGGGAGCAAGAGCCGAGGUACCUACGUCGUCAAAAAGUCCGUCCGUUCCAAAGACGCGAUCAACCAGGUCGAAGCCCAGAGCGGAGUCGGUGGCUAG